AUGGAGGACAGCCUGUGUAAUGGAGGAACACAGCUCCAGGAAGCUCCAUUGCUAACCCAUCUGAAGAAGGUGGAGAACCGUAUCACAGAGGCGCAGCGCUUCUCUCACCUGCCCAAACGCACUGCUGUGGACCUGGAGUUCAGAGACCUGUCCUGCACCAUCAGAGAAGGACCGUGGUGGAAGAAACAAGACCUUAAGCUCAAUGAAGACACAGAGGUGAAAAAAGAGCUGAUAAAAGAAAUUCUGACAGCCCUGGGACUGCAUGAGUGUGUCCACACUCGUACUGUGUCUCUCUCUGGGGGGCAGAGUAAGAGGUUGGCUAUUGCCCUUGAACUAGUAAACAACCCCCCAGUCAUAUUUUUUGAUGAGCCCACCAGUGGUUUGGAUAGUGCAUCCUGUUUCCAGGUAGUGUCAUUGAUGAAGUCUCUGGCACAAGGAGGGCGAACUAUCAUUUGCACUAUUCACCAGCCCAGUGCCAAACUAUUCGAGAUGUUUGAUAAGCUGUAUAUUUUAAGCCAAGGCCAGUGCAUAUACAAGGGAAGUGUCCCAUACCUCAUCCCUUAUUUGAGAGGACUGGGUCUUCACUGUCCCACAUACCACAAUCCUGCAGAUUUCAUCAUUGAAGUAGUGUCAGGAGAGUACGGGGACUUGAACCCAGUGUUGUUUGAGGCUGUUCAGGGUGGCAUGUGUGCUUUGGAGCAAAAGUGCAACUGUGUCGACAAAACCACAGUAACCCCAUGCACUGCAAAAUGUGUCAAAGAUUCAGGGCAUGUUGAGAGCCAUACUUUUGCAACAAGCUCUCUGACUCAGUUCUGCAUUCUCUUCAAGAGAACAUUUAUUACAGUAUGCAGAGACCAGGUUUUGACACACCUGCGGCUAAUGUCACACAUCUCCAUUGGAGUGCUGAUAGGCCUGCUGUACCUCAACAUUGGCAAUGAUGCCAGCAAAGUCUUCAACAACACUGGUUUCCUCUUCUUCUCAAUGCUCUUUCUCAUGUUUGGAGCGCUGAUGCCUACAGUUCUUACCUUUCCCCUAGAGAUGGCUGUGUUUCUGAGGGAACAUCUAAACUACUGGUACAGCCUGAAGGCUUACUAUCUGGCUAAGACAAUGGCUGACAUUCCAUUCCAGGUCCUUUGUCCCAUCAUGUACUGCAGUAUUGUGUACUGGAUGACUGAACAGCCUCCAGAGGCAAGCCGCUACUUGCUGUUUUUGGCUUUGUCGAUCUGUACAGCUUUAGUAGCCCAGUCUCUUGGACUUCUAGUCGGUGCUGCCUCCACAUCCCUUCAGGUGGCCACUUUUGUUGGUCCGGUUACAGCCAUUCCAGUCCUACUAUUCUCUGGGUUCUUCGUGAACUUUGACACCAUUCCAGAAUACCUACAAUGGAGUUCUUACAUGUCCUAUGUCCGGUAUGGGUUUGAGGGGGUGAUUUUGUCCAUUUAUGGGAUGAACCGAACUGAGCUUGAAUGUCCAGGGAGGGUUUGCAAGUUCCAAAGACCUGAAGAAGUGCUGCAGUUGUUGGAUGUAGAAGAUGCCAAGCUUUACAUGGACUUCAUCAUACUGGGGAUUUUCUUCUUCAUCCUGCGACUCGCCACCUACUUGGUUCUUCGGUACAAAAUAAAGUCAGGCCGAUAA